GACCGGUUGGAGCACCUCAGACAGCAGUGUGGUCCUCAUGUCACCGCCGUCGCCAAAGACUCUGUGGAAGGAAUCUGCUCCAAAAUCUACCAGCUGUCUGCAGAGUACAGCCGCCGCCUGAGACACACACACCUGAGCCUGAUGCAGGACCCCCCCACAGAGGCGUGCGCGUCCCCCCAGCAGUCACGGCUGGUCUACUGUUACCCGGUGCGUCUGGCGCUCCCCUCGCCGCCGCUCCCUCGAGUGGAGCUGCACUUUGAGAACGACAUGGCCUGUCUGCGCUUCAGAGGAGAGAUGGUCAAGGUCAACAGAGGUCACUUCAGCAAACUGGUCAGUACUCACAACAGUACUACUAAUGUUACCAUGGCAACAGAAAGGUUGCACUCUGAACACUGAGUUAACUUUGUACGGGAAGUGUUGAGGUCACCUGACACAAGCUGUCAGUAUGUUAAUGAGAGUCAGACAGGAAAAAACGAGAUGGUGAUGAGGAUGAUGAUGAUGAUAAUGGUGGUGAUGAUGGUGGUGAUAGUGAUGAUGAUGAUAGUGGUGGUGAUGAUGAUGA